AUGAGUAAUGAAUACAAUCGAUAUUGUAUAAAAAUUCGAACUAUUUUGGGGAUAAAUCCAAAGACAAUUCACGAAGAACUUGCAACAGCUUUGAGACUCAAGGUUCCAUCAUAUCCAACAGUUGCAGAGUGGGCAAAGUGUUUCCGUGAAGGAAGAGAAGAUGUCAAUGACGAUCCUCGAUCGGGUCGUCCGGUUUCCGAACUUACAGAUGAAAAUAUUGAACUAGUACAAGAGGUUAUUAACAAUGAUUCACAUUCAACUUAUGAUGAUAUUAUAGCUGAGACAUCUCUAUCCCAUGGUACAAUAGCACGAAUUAUUCACGAUUGUUUUAAGAUGAAAAAAAUUACAUCACGUUUGGUACUCCAUCAACUGACUGAUGAACAAAAGCAAGAACGUGUUAAAUUUUGUCGUGAGAACUUGGCGAAACUUCGUAAUGGUCUCUGA